AUGGGACACCUCUGCCACCAUCAGCCUCCCGCGGCCACCCCCCAGCGCAGCCUGAGGAGGGCAGGGGACGGCGCGGCGCUGCCCGGAUCCCCGCUCCUCCUCUUCUUUCUCCUCCUCGCCUCCUCCAUGUGUGCUUGCAAAGGUGCACCGAUGCCAUCCCAAGCAUUUGAGUCAGAUGAGGAUUUGCAGCUGUGGAAAGAGAUAGAUGAUGCAUGUUCUGCCUACCUGUCCACAGAUUCUGGGCCUCAGGUGUCCAGUACACUGGAAGAACUUUGUUUUUUGGUCAUGGGAUUUCUCCCAAAACCACAGGGUUUAGAUGAAAAAGACAACACCAAAAGGUUCUUAUUUCAUUAUUCUAAGACUCAUGACUCGGGCAACUCAGACAUCGUGUCCUCUGUCCUGCAUCCUUUACUGCAACUCGUUCCUCAGCUUAAUGAGAGAAGACUGAAGAGAUACAAAGUGGACGAGGAACUUCAAGGACCUGUAGGGAUUCAAAGCAGAGGCUACUUUUUCUACAGGCCACGAAAUGGAAGGAGAUCAGUGGAUUUUCGCUAAGGAGGAUUUUAGAUUCCUCACCUACAAGUAAUACUGCAGGAAUGCUGAGUACAUGGAUGUACUGUUUUCCUUACAAAAAUCAUUCAUUACUAAUGUACAAUUAAAAAUAAUUUGAAUGUAAAUGUUCUUAAACUAGAUUCUGUUUAGGAUUCAAAAGUUUCUUUACUUUCUUGAUUAUAUUAAAAGCAUAUUAAAAUUAUUUGCAUCCUAGUGUUAUGAUGUUUGCAACCACAUGUAAUUCAGCUGUAAAAAGUCAGUGUGUGCAUGCAACAGACAUUGCCUCUACCAACAUCGUUAAGUAAAUAGUUUUUCCUUUCUAAAUAAAAGAACUC